AGACUAGAGUGGCAUAAAAUGAGUAAUAAAAAGACACCAUGACAAAGGAAAAACCCAGCAGAGAGACCCAAACCAAAAUUUCAGAGCUCCUUGUGGAGUAGGGGUUGCGAAGAGGGCCAAAGACCAACACUUUUGCUCUUGUCUUCUCUCCAUUCUGGCGUGAUGGCGAUAUCAUUGUUAAAAGUGCUUCUCAACAACAUCUCUUCUUUCUUUCUUUUAUCCUCUCAUGACUACAUAAAUCAUGAUCCAGCUCAGAAAUAUUACCAAAAGAUUGAAGAGAUACUGAAGUUGCUACAGACUCUGCUUGAUGCUGUUUUUGGCACUGACAUAGUGUCUGAAGAUCUGCCCCAAAAGGCAUUUGCAGAACUGGUUCAUUCUGUCAACGAAUUGAGGGAGCUAUUUGAAAAUUGGCAUUCAUUGAGGAGUAAAAUCUAUUUUGUUCUACAAGUUGAAUCAUUAAUAUCUAAGGUUCGAGCUUCUGGUGUGGAAAUCUUCGAGGUGCUGAAAUCUUCUGAUCAACAUCUCCCAGUUGAAUUGAAUACAUUAUCUCUUGAGCUUUUUGUACAGAAAAUAAAACAAAUGGGUUUGGAACAAACAUCAGCUAUUAUCAGUAAAUCCAUUAGGGAGCACAUGGAUGGCUCCGGAGCCAGCUCAGAGUGCCUGGAAAAAUUUGCAGAUUGUCUGAGCUUAAGGUCAAACCAGGAGCUUCUGAUUGAGGCUGUGGCCCUUGAAAAGUUGAAGGAGAACGCUGAACAAGCUGAAAGGAACGGUGAAGCAGAGUACUUUGAUCAAAUGAUUGCUCUUGUUAUCCACAUGCAUGAGCGCCUUGUUAUGAUGAAACAAUCUCAGAGCUCUAACCCUCUUCAGAUACCUGCUGAUUUCUGCUGCCCCCUUUCACUUGAGCUGAUGACGGAUCCAGUUAUUGUGGCUUCAGGACAAACCUAUGAGCGAGCUUCUAUCAGGAAAUGGAUUGAUCUUGGGCUUAUUGUUUGCCCUAAGACACGGCAAACCCUGACCCACACCAAUCUUAUUCCUAAUUACACUGUAAAGCAAUUGAUUGCAAAUUGGUGUGAAACAAACAAUGUGAAGUUGCCUGAUCCCAUGAAGUCUAUGAGCUUGAACCAGCCUUCUUUACUUGCACAUGCUGAGAAUAUUGCCUCCAAGGAUCCGCAUAUCCUUCCUCAUUCAAGAAGCAACCAACAUAUGUCACCCGAAUCAACUCGGUCUACAGGUUCACCUAGAAAGAACCUAAUUUCAUCUAGUGGAGGCCAUCAAGAGGGAACCUCUCCAUCACAUCCCCGUUCAUCUUCAGAUGGAAAUGGGCAUGGAUUGGAUAUUGAUAGAUUAUCAGUAAAUAGUUCUGAAGACAGGCUGGCUAACUCAGGAGAGCUAGGUUUGGAAUCAGGUAGCCAACCCCCCAUUUCACCAUCAAGAACAGAACUUUCUAGUGCUUGUGUGGCUGAUGAACGGUUGUCUCAUGGCCAUAAUCGAACUGCCGCAGCGUCCAGUGCACUUUCUAGUGCGAAUAUUUCACAAGGGAUGUUGGCUGAUGGCAACAAUGUGUCUUCACCAGCAACAGCCUACAAUAGUGAUACUUCUGGGGAGCUUCCAUCAGAGCCACAAGCUGCUAGCACCUUGACCACCCCACAGAGACAACGUGAGGUUCCACUAAGAUUGGAGACAAGAUCUCGAAGCCAAUCAAUGUGGCGCCGUCCUGAAAGGUGGUUUGUUCCAAGGAUAGUUUCUUCACCUGCCAUUGAAACAAGGGCUGAUCUUUCUGAAGUUCAAAGCCAAGUCAGGAGGCUUGCUGAGGACUUGAGGAGCACUUCAAUCGAUGCGCAAAGAAAUGCCUCAGCUGAACUUAGGCUACUUGCCAAACAUAAUAUGGAUAACCGAAUCGCAAUUGCAAGCUGUGGAGCCAUUAGCUUGUUGGUUGAUCUACUCUAUUCAACUGACACAAUGAUUCAAGAAAAUGCCGUUACUGCACUUCUCAACUUAUCAAUUAAUGAUAACAACAAAACUGUAAUUGCCAAUGCUAAUGCAAUUGAACCCCUGAUUCAUGUUCUUGAGACAGGUAGCCCUGUGGCUAGGGAGAACUCAGCUGCCACUCUUUUUAGUCUCUCGGUUAUUGAGGAUAACAAGGUCACGAUCGGAAGGUCCGGGGCAAUAAAACCUCUAGUUGACUUACUGGGAAAUGGGACUCCUAGGGGAAAGAAAGACGCGGCUACAGCUUUAUUUAAUUUGUCAAUAUUUCAUGAAAACAAAACUCGGAUUGUGCAGGCUGGGGCUGUGAAAUACCUUGUAGAAAUGAUGGAUCCUGCGGCUGGGAUGGUUGAUAAAGCGGUUGCUGUUUUGGCAAAUCUUGCUACUAUUCAGGAGGGAAAGAUUGCUAUUGGCCAGGAGGGAGCGAUCCCAGUUCUGGUUGAGGUAAUUGAGUUGGGUUCUGCAAGAGGAAAAGAGAAUGCAGCAGCUGCUCUUCUGCAGCUUUGCACGAACAGCAAUCGAUUCUGUAGCCUGGUAAUUUCAGAAGGUGUUGUACCCCCAUUAGUGGUAUUGUCAGAGUCAGGCACCCCACGAGCCAAAGAAAAGGCUCAGGCACUGCUUAGCUUCUUUAGGACCCAACGACAUGGUAACGGUGGGAGGGGCUGACCAAAAAAUGACCUAUGGAUGUAUCCAAUGUUUUGUGGUAAGAUUCUAUAUGUUUUAUGUACAUCUUCUGAUGUUGCAAAUAAUGCUUGUGAAGGUUCUAUUUCUCGAAUGUUUCUUGAUUUGAUAAGAAAAUGAAAAAUACAAAAAUGAUCUGUGGAAGGCUUGAUUGAGUCCUCUGAUGAAUAUAACUUCAUAUGUGAAUUUGGGAAAUUUUUAUUAUUAUUUUAUUUUAAAUAUACCUGUAAGUUUAGUCUUUGAGCCUUGUAUAAUCUGAAUUUUGGCCAGACAAUUGCAGAUUAAUAAUCGUGUUUAUUUUAUCGAC